AUGGAUUUGGACCAGUGGAUUUCGAAGGUCAAAGAUGGCCAGCAUCUUCUCGAAGACGAGCUUCAACUUCUCUGCGAAUAUGUAAAAGAAAUCCUUAUUGAGGAGUCCAAUGUGCAGCCUGUCAAUAGUCCAGUAACUGUUUGUGGUGAUAUUCAUGGUCAAUUCCAUGAUCUGAUGAAACUUUUCCAGACUGGGGGUCAUGUGCCUGAGACAAAUUAUAUUUUCAUGGGAGACUUUGUUGAUCGAGGUUACAAUAGUCUUGAGGUUUUCACCAUCCUUUUACUUCUAAAAGCUAGAUACCCAGCUAAUAUUACCCUUUUACGCGGAAAUCAUGAAAGUAGACAAUUAACCCAGGUCUAUGGUUUUUAUGAUGAAUGCCAGAGGAAAUACGGCAAUGCCAAUGCAUGGCGGUAUUGUACAGAUGUGUUCGACUAUCUAACACUUUCUGCAAUUAUUGAUGGAACUGUGCUUUGUGUUCAUGGUGGCCUUUCUCCUGACAUUCGAACAAUUGAUCAGAUAAGGAUCAUUGAUCGGAACUGUGAAAUUCCUCACGAGGGUCCUUUCUGUGAUCUAAUGUGGAGUGAUCCUGAAGAUAUUGAAACAUGGGCAGUCAGUCCCCGUGGAGCAGGUUGGCUUUUUGGAUCCAGGGUCACUUCUGAGUUCAAUCACAUAAAUAAUCUUGAUCUUGUUUGUCGAGCGCAUCAACUUGUUCAAGAAGGCCUCAAGUAUAUGUUCCAAGAUAAAGGCCUUGUAACUGUAUGGUCUGCACCUAAUUACUGUUACCGAUGUGGAAAUGUAGCUUCUAUUCUGAGUUUCAAUGAAAAUAUGGAAAGAGAAGUUAAAUUUUUCACUGAAACAGAGGAGAACAAUCAGAUGAGAGGACCCAGGACAGGCGUUCCAUAUUUCUUAUAA